AGGAUACUGGCACUGUCUUUACAUUCUCAUCUCAGUCGCAACUGGCUGAGUUUAAAUAUCAGCGCUACAUGCAGCGCUACCUUCGAACCAUCCAGUCGAUUGAUGAUAAUGUUGGUCGAAUCCUUGAUUAUCUGGACCACGAGGAACCUGAACUGGGAAAGAAUACCGUUGUCAUCUAUACAUCUGAUCAAGGCUUCUUCCUGGGAGAACAUGGUUGGUUUGACAAGCGGUUCAUGUACGAGGAAUCCUUCCAGAUGCCUUUUCUCAUUCGGUACCCCAAUGAGAUCAAGGCGGGCUCGAUUUGCGACGACAUCAUCUGUAAUGUGGAUUUCGCAGCGACUUGGCUCGACUUUGCCCGCCUACCGAUACCGAGUUAUAUGCAGGGCACUUCGUUCCGUUCUCUCCUUCGUGGAGAAACGCCCAAGGACUGGAAGCAAAUUGCUUAUCACCGGUACUGGAUGCACAACGAUAUUAUCCACCAUGCGUAUGCCCACUAUGGUAUCCGUAAUCACCGUUACAAGCUUAUCUAUUGGUACAACGAGGCAUUAGAAGUUCCGGGAGCACAUCCAGGGGCAGAGGAUCAGAAGGAAUGGGAGUUGUUUGACUGCCAGGAGGAUCCUCUCGAACUAUUCAACGUGUAUCAUGAACCACGCUAUCAGGAUAUCGUGAAGGAAAUGACGGUUCUGCUGGAGCAGAAGAUGGCAGAGAUUGGAGAUGAGCCAGUUCAUCCCAGAAUCACGAGCAUAUAAUUGCCUCAUGUUAAAGAAAUAUAUUGUCGGGUUGCAGCCAUCGCAGUUCAUGCAUUUACAUAUUUCUCCCUUAGCUCAAUUAGCCAAGGAGGAGAGUGAUAUUGUAUUCCCGUAAGAAGUGCGCUGAAUAUGAAUCUGGCCUGCAAUAAUGCCAAUACUACUGAUAAAGCAAGCAUCUGCUUUGAGACGAUCGUGUUGUAAGUAGCAG